AUGCGUGCGCCGGCGACAAGUAGGGCAGCUUCUGCCAGCACCACUGCUGCUGCUGCUGCUUCGGUUUCCGCAUCGCUCCGAAACGACCUCGUGCGGUAUAUCCGUCCGAUGGCACGCCGCAUUCGCCACACACCUUCUACUGCGGCGACGAGCACUCUGCAGGAGUGCGGUGCACACACACACGCUGCUGGCGGGGGGCGAACGCCCGGCAUCCGUGCGCCCGUCACAUACUUUGCCGCGCGCAUGAACGCGUUACUGAACCGCCCUCUUGAAGUGCCGAGAGGCGUUGACGUGACGGUGCCACUGUACCGCUGCCCCAUAUGCUGCAGUGCCGCUGCGGGGGAUGAGUCGUGGAUGACGCCGCAGGAAAUAACGCGGCACAUGAGUUGGCUGCACGCCNUAUGCUGCAGUGCCGCUGCGGGGGAUGAGUCGUGGAUGACGCCGCAGGAAAUAACGCGGCACAUGAGUUGGCUGCACGCCUCCAGCGGCUCCACGCAGGCGAACUUCGCCGCCUUCAACGCACUCGAAAUGGCGCGUCUCUGCAGGGCGCUUCCAUCGUCUGCCAAUGCGCCAGGCGACGCAGCAGCAACAACACUCUCAGUGGCCCGUGUGGUGGUGCUGCUCGACGUCGCAAACAUUGAGCUGAACAUUGAGGAGGUUCUGUUUGAGCUGCUUUCUAAUGAGGAGAGCCUCAUGUUUUUCCGCCGUGUGGCGUGUGCGUUCGUGUGCGUACACGAAGUCUUUAUCCCGCACACGUCGCGCCCUGGGCACGUCUUCUUUCAGCUCUCCCGCCUGCACCGGCACUCCGACACCUUCACCAUCUACGCGGCAACGCGGAACGAGUCAGGAGACUUGGUCUCCGCCGCGCUGAUGGGUGAUCUGCUGCUGCAGAACAUGCGGGGCUGCGCCCCGGCGAUUGUGCUGCUCACAAAGGACCGCGUGCAGAAGUCGUGCGUGGCGGAGAUGUUCGGUGGCGUUGCAGGGAGGGGCGGGCGUGUUUUUCUCCCCCGCAUCACCACCGCCAGCAUCCUCAACGCCCUGCGCGAGGCAAACAACAUGAGCAUGAGCUGA